AUUGUUUUCUCUCCGAGGAGCCCUCUUGCUAAAACCUUACUUGCGGAGGUUAAUUAAAGCAGCGCGAAGCUCGACGAUUUCAUCUUGUUCGUCUAUCCCCGCGAUUUUCUCAGAAGCGGAGAUCUGGCUGGUUGAACGACGAGGUGUGUUUUCUAGCCGAGUUCCAGCGCUUUUUUUUCUCUCUGAGCCGAAUUCAUCUGGACUCGGUGCCCCAUGAAAUCGCUAUAAUUUGGUGUUGGAGGACAGAGAGAUUGUGUAUUUAGGUCGUGAGUUGCUGGAAAUAUUGUGAAAAGGAGGUGUCAAUAUGGGAGUUGACAUUGGGACAAUGUUGUCAAAGAUAACAACCUCUGAUCAUGCCUCCGUGGUGUCCAUGAACUUGUUUGUAGCUCUUAUCUGUGCCUGUAUUGUGAUUGGCCAUCUCUUGGAGGAAAGCCGUUGGAUGAAUGAAUCCAUUACAGCUCUCAUGAUUGGGGUGUGUACUGGCGUUGUAAUUCUACUUACUAGUGGAGGGACAAGCUCACACAUUUUGGUGUUCAGCGAAGAUCUUUUCUUCAUCUAUCUUCUUCCACCAAUCAUUUUUAAUGCGGGGUUCCAGGUGAAAAAGAAGCAAUUUUUUCGUAAUAUCUCAACUAUUAUGUUUUUUGGAGCUGUUGGUACUUUGAUAUCUUUCAUCAUCAUAUCAUUGGGAGCUAUUGGCAUCUUCAAGAAAAUGAAUAUUGGCAAUCUUGAGAUAGGAGAUUAUCUUGCAAUUGGAGCCAUUUUCUCUGCAACAGAUUCUGUGUGCACAUUGCAAGUACUCAAUCAGGAUGAAACACCUUUACUGUACAGUUUAGUCUUUGGAGAAGGUGUUGUAAAUGAUGCAACAUCUAUAGUCCUGUUCAAUGCAGUUCAAGACUUUGAUUUGUCCAAUAUAAACUCAGCCGUGGUUCUGCAAUUAUUUGGGAACUUUUUUUAUUUAUUUAUUCUGAGCACUCUCCUCGGAGUUGUUGCUGGCUUGCUGAGUGCGUAUGUUAUUAAGAAGCUUUACUUUGGAAGGCACUCCACCGAUCGUGAGGUUGCCAUUAUGAUUCUUAUGGCUUAUUUAUCAUAUAUGCUAUCUGAAUUAUUUGCUUUAAGUGCCAUCUUGACUGUGUUCUUCUGCGGGAUUGUGAUGUCGCAUUACACUUGGCAUAAUGUCACUGAAAGUUCUAGAGUAACCACCAAGCAUGCUUUUGCCACACUGUCUUUUAUUUCUGAGAUAUUUAUAUUCCUUUAUGUUGGCAUGGAUGCUCUAGACAUUGAAAAAUGGAGAUUUGUAAGUGACAGGUGCGUUUUUUCAUCAUUAAUGCUAUUUUUCGGAGUUUGGUCUUGGGGGUGAGGUUCAACUUCUAUUACUCCCUCUGUCCAGAAAUAUACUUAAAACCUUCCUCUUUUAUUGUCCCAAAAUAAACUUUGCACUUCUCCUUUUUCCUUUUCCCUUUUUCCUGUUUAAGAAUGAAAUAUGUGGCACACUUCUCCUUUUUCCUAUUUAAGACUGAAAUAUGUGGCUCACAAUCUUUCACUCUCUAAUCAAAUUUCCACCACCCAUUUUUUACUUAAAAUCUGUGAAGCCAAAACACUGAAAUUUAUUUUGGAACAGGAGUAUUAAAUAAAAAUAAAAGUAAUAUACCGUUUAUGGUAGUUGAUGGGAUAUUGGGCCUUCGGGGUAGGCCCAGCCCAAUCUCGCGCUAUAGCGCACACAUCACCCAAGUAGAAAGAGGCGGGCCUUGUAGUGGGCCGAGUCAGACCGGCCUGUGACCAGGUCAGCAAUGGGCCGGUUGCACGUGCGAUCAAGGGUGACUGAUUCUCCGGGAGCAAUCAUGUCAAUUGCACACAGUUGCUGUGAUUGUGGGAAGAGUUCAAGGCUGGCGCUGCAAUUGGGGAGAAGGACCAGGGCCGAGAUCAAACCUGCCAUACUUAUCUCUUUCCUUGUGUAUCCUCGAGUGUAGACCUAUAAAUGGGCGUGCUUGAAUUCAGAAAUAUAAUAUUACUACGCCAUUGUUAUCUUCUCAAGUUUUCUUUCUACUUUAUUACUCCUUUCAAAUCGUUAAUCCGAUUCAGCUCUCGGGGUCGGGUCUUCUGGUGG